AUGGAACAAAAAGGAACCAUUGAUUUAGACAUUAAUGUUCUUCAAGAGAGAAAGUACUUCAUAAUGGUUGCUUCUUCAUACCAGCAAGCAUUUAAUGUUCUUCAAGAGAGAAAGUACUUCACAAUGGUAGCUUCUUCAUACCAGCAAACAUCAACAAUGCUUGGAAAUGGAAGUUAUUGCAGGUACAAAACCUUGGCGGACUCGAAGCUUUUAAAUCCAUGCAUGGAGAAUGGAAGCAAGGAAGGAAAGAGAAUAUCAAUAAUAUCAAAUAGCCUGUAUCAUAGCUGGAAGAAUAUACAAAAACAUACUCGGAAACAUUUGCGAGAGCAUCUUGAGCAGACAAUAAUGGCGAAUGAAAGUGACAGUGGUGGCUUCGCAACUAGGCAAGGAGUCCGAUCGUUGGAUCUCAAUCGAUGUGCAAUCGUCCCCGUUAUUGAGAAUAUUGUGGCGACAUUCGUCUUGGACUGUGAGUUGGAUCUGAAGAAAAUUGCUCAGCAUGCUCGCAAUGCUGAAUUCAAUCCCAAGCGUUUUUCUGCUGCCAUUAUGAGAAUAAGAAAACCGAAAACCACAGCUUUGAUCUUUUCUUCGGGGAAGGUGGUCUGCACUGGUGCGAAAAGUGAAGCAGACUCAAAACUUGCUGCGAGAAAGUUUGCUCGAAUUAUCCAAAGGCUUGGGUUUGAAGUCAAGUUCAGGGAUUUCAAAAUUCAGAAUAUGGUCGGCUCCUGUGACGUUAACUUCCCCAUCAGACUUGAAAGUCUCGCAUGUUCACACGCUGCCUUUUCAAGUUACGAACCGGAGCUUUUUCCAGGUCUAAUAUAUCGCAUGAAACAUCCCAAGAUUGUACUCCUCGUAUUUGUGUCCGGGAAAGUUGUGCUUACGGGAGCCCAGGAGAGAGAUGAUACAUACAAAGCCUUCGACAGUAUAUAUCCCGUCCUUGCAGGGUUCAGGAAGAUUUUUAGGAAUUAA